GAGUAACGUCUUAAAACUGGAUCAAAACUAGUUCAUUGGGUUCAAAGUUCACAUUGUAAUUUUGCACUAACUUUACCAGCUAGUUGCCACUCAGAGCUGAAAGAUGAUUGGUUUAACUCUACUGUUUAUCCUGGCCACUUUUUGCCUGUGGAAAUAUGGCAGAAAAUAUUUGGCUUUCAGAGCUUUUUUCAACAAAUUUCCAGGAGAAAAAGACUUCAGUUACUUGUAUGGCAAUUUGCAUAAGUAUCCAGGUCCUAAUGAGGAAGGGAUUGAGUAUGACUUCAAGAUGUGUACAGAGACAAAAUACUUCCAUCGCAUUUGGGCAGGGGCAUUCACUCCUGUAAUUUUGGUAUACCACCCUGAAUCUGUCAGACCAAUUCUGAAAUCCUCAGCUCCAAAACCAAGGGAUACGUUGUUUGCCACACCCUACGACAUGGGUGUACGUUGGUUGGGCGAGGGCCUACUUAUUGCCAAUGGUGCUAAAUGGGCCAGGAACAGACGCCUGCUCACACCAGCAUUCCAUUUUGAUAUCUUAAAGCCAUAUGUUGAUGUUUAUAACCAAUGCACGGAUACUCUUGUUAGCAAGAUUCAUGAGCUAAGUAAAAGUGGUGAAUCCUUUGACUUAUUUCAACCAGUUUGUAUGAGCACCCUAGAUGUCAUUCUCCAAUGUGCCUUCUCGUACAAGUCUUACUGCCAAACUAAAGGGAAAAAUGCCUACACUACAGCUAUGAUGCAGCUGAUGAUAUUGUGGACAGAUCGUAGCUUCAAGCCUCAAGUUUUCAAUGAGUUUAUCUAUGGGCUAACAUCAGAUGGCAAAAAAUUUUACAAGCUCUGUGAUGAAGUACAUGCUGUAGCUGAAGAUAUUAUAGAAAAGCGCAGAAAAGAAUUGGAAAAUCAAAAAGAAGAUGAAAAAAAUACAAAUAAAAAAGUCAAAGAUUUUCUGGACACUUUACUCACUGCAAGGGAUGAAGAUGGUUUUGGAUUGUCUCCCAUUGAAAUUCGCAAUGAAGUUGAUACCUUUUUGUUUGAAGGACAUGACACAACAGCCAGUGGAGUGACCUGGACACUCUACAGGCUAGCCCAACACCCAGAGUACCAGGAGAUGGUGUAUGAGGAGGUACUGAGGGUACUAGAUGGGAGGGAGCAGCUGGAGUGGUCUGACCUGAGCAAACUAGAGUUUACCACAAUGUGCAUCAAAGAAGGUUUAAGACUGGACACUGCUGUCCCCUUCAUUGAGAGGAAACUUGAGGAAGACACGCAGAUAAUGGAAUACACCAUACCCAAAGGAACGUUGGUGGCUGUCCAAAUUUUUGUUUUACAUCACAACCCUCACUUGUGGGACAGACCCCAUGAUUUCUGCCCUGAACGCUUCCACCCUGAUAAAACAAGGACCAUGGACCCCUUCCAGUUCCUUCCCUUUUCUGCAGGCUCCAGAAACUGUAUUGGACAAAACUUUGCAAUGAAUGAGAUGAAAAUAACCAUUGCUAAAGUCAUCAAAAACUUCAAGCUGACACUUGAUCUCAACAAACCAGCGCGUAGAUUUACCUGUGCCACAAUGAAAGCUGAGAAUGGUGUCAUGGUGUUUGCUGUACCCAGGUGAACUGUGGACAUUGGAUAGAACUUGUUCAUGCUGCUUCAUGAGAAUUUGGUAGAAUUUGUUCAUGUUGCUUCAUGAGAAUUUGAUAGAACUUGUUCAUGUUGCUUCAUGAGAAUUUGAUAGAACUUGUUCAUGUUGCUUCAUGAGAAUUUGAUAGAACUUGUUCAUGUUGCUUCAUGAGAAUUUGGUAGAAUUAGUUCAUGUUGCGCCAUGAGAAUUUGGUAGAAUUUGUUCAUGUUGCUUCACAAGAAUUUGGUAGAAUUUGUUCAUGUUGCUUCACAAGAAUUCGAUGAACUGUUAAUGUUGCUCCAUGAGAAUUUGACAGAACUUGCUCAUGUUAUGAAAUUUUUUUUAGAACCUAUUCUUGUAUCCCUGUGAGAUUUUUUUUUGAUAGAACUUAUUCAUGUUGCCCCAUUAAAAUUGUUUGAACUUGUUCAUGUUAUGAUAAUGUGAUAGAAUCUCUUGAUGUUGCAAUGAUGAAAUUGAAUAUCUACUUAGCAUAUUCAAAUCAAUGAGAUUUAAAGAAUAAUUAAUUGGCUAUGCAAUCAGUAUGUUGUUGAUUACACAUACACAAAUCAAAUUAUUUUAUCUAUUUGCCGUAAUACAGCUUUAAAGACUCUUGAAAGACAAUUACUUUUACAAGCUUUAAUUUUACUCAAUUCCUUGUCAUGUUAUUGUGAUAUCUUGUAAUCAGUUUUUCAUCAACUUCUGAUUGGUUUUAAAUCUAACAGCUUAAGCUCCAUUGGCAAUGCAUUGUGACACUAAGUCAAUGAUAUUUAAUUAAUUUUUACUUAAUUAAUAAUAGUUGUUUAAAAUGUGCAUUAUUACAACUCUCAACUA